CCGUCCUCAAUACAUAUGCAUGGGAUAAACAAAAUAAUCAGAUACAAGCGCAACAGUUGUUUCCUGUUUGUAUCAACAUUUUUUCCUCUCCUCGCUUGAUCGAUGUUUCAUGUCGGAUCACUGUGCGCUGAUAAUUGUUUAAAAUGAAUAUGAUCCUGAUCUUCCUUUUAUCAUAUGUGGUCGUUUCUAAAGUCACAUCAUAUGACAACAUUGCUUCAGGAAAACCUGCACAGCAGCUGUAUUCAUAUUCUUCCUCUAAAUGGGGAGCUGAUAAAGCGGUGGACGGACUAAAAUCAGACUGUUCUGCUGCUGGAGGACAGUGUACGAUAUCGGGAUUGAGGAAAGAAACAGCCAGGUGGUGGGUGGAUCUAGGAGGUGUACUCAGUAUACGUCACAUAACUAUAUACUACAGGACGGACAAUUUAGCCUGGGAUUCCAACAAUGGUUACACCGCUCGCUUCCUUGGAUUAUCGGUAUAUAUAUCGAACACAACCAACAAAGAUGGCGGGGUACUGUGUUUUAAAGACACGAUGUUCACCAGAGCCACAAUACCGAAUCCAAUAAACAUAACAUGUCCUAGACACGGACGUUAUGUUAUAUACUAUAACGAGAGACUCCAGGGAGUCACUUAUCCUCCUGAUUAUUCUAUGUCCGCACACAACGAACUCUGUGAAUUUGAAGUUUACGGUUGUUCAACACCAGGCAUUUAUGGAGAGAACUGUGAUAUACCGUGUCCUCAGAACUGUCAGGAGAGACACUGUGACAUUGUGAAUGGAACCUGUCUGGGAUGUAUUCCGGGAUAUAAGGGGUCUUUCUGCAAUCAACCCUGUGAUAAUAAGAAAUACGGCCUGGGGUGUAAACAGAUCUGUGGUAACUGUAGCGAUGGGAUACAAUGCAAUCACGUGAAUGGAAGUUGUCCGAACGGAUGUGACGUCGGAGGUCGAGGCGAUAAAUGCGAUGAAGAAUGUCCUUAUGGAUGGCAUGGGAAGAAUUGUGCUACACAGUGUAAUCCAAAUUGUAGAGGCUGUAAUAGAUUUAAUGGCAGGUGCGAGUCUGGUUGUCUUCCGGGAUGGAAAGGAACAUUCUGCGAGAAAGAAUGUGACGGGAGAUUAUAUGGAGAGAACUGUACACAACACUGCGGUCAAUGUCAUAAUUUAGAACAGUGUCAUCAUAUUAACGGAACAUGUUUAAACAGCUGUGACAGAGGAUAUCGAGGCGGAAAAUGUACUGAAGAAUGUCCAGAAGGUCGCUAUGGUUACAACUGCCAAGAGAUAUGUAACAUCAACUGUGGAGUCCCUGAGAGAUGUGACAGAGUAACAGGGCAGUGUCAGAAUGGAUGUCAGACCGGGUGGAAAAAUCACAAAUGUGAUUCAAAAUGUGAUGGUAAAACAUUUGGACUAAGCUGUAGUCAACCUUGUGGAAUUUGUUUAGGUAACGAGCAGUGUCAUCACGUAAACGGCACGUGCACCAAAGGAUGCGACAGGGGUUACGAAGGAAGCAAUUGUACAGAAGAGUGCGAUAAAGGUUGGUUUGGCUACAACUGUGUAGAGAGAUGUGCCAUCAGCUGUGAUAUGCGUUGUGACAGUGUGACAGGAGAGUGUAUUUCGUUAAUUGGACAUUCAUCAGAUUGCGGUGCAAGCAGUCAAUUACAUCCAGCUCUUUACGGGCUUGUGGCAGGUUUCGGUCUAAGUGUUGUUCUUAACAUAUAUUUCAUUGUCCGCUAUCUAAGAGAUAAGAAACAGCUAUCAAAAAAUCAACCAAAAACGAAAGAGCAGUUGUCUACCAAAGGAGAUGUACCUAAUACAGGGAUUUACGACAACACAGAAGACAAUGAACAUAGUGCAACGAUUUACAACAACAGAGAAGACGCUGGCGGCUACCAAGAACUUGGCGAAUUGAGUCAACAGUCUCAUUAUGAUCAACUUAAGUAAUAUGUACUCAGAGAAUUAGGUCAUCAUUCUCAUUACCUCAAAUAAUCCGAUUCUGCGGAUUUGAAUUAGUCUCAUCAUAAUGGUGAAGUCAAGCUAUUUGAAGUCGGGGAAAUUAAAUGAACAUUUUUCUUUAUUUCAAUAUUUUGACGUCAAGUAAUCUGGGGUCAAGGAAUUAUGAUAAUUAAUCCACGUAGCCUCCUGUCAAAUAAUUAACUCUACGUUGCUAAUAUAAAGAGCUCAAGUAGCUUGUCCUUUUUUAUUUACAAUAUGUCAACCAUUCGUUAUAAUUACAAUCAACGUUGUUGUAAUAUUUAAAGCGGGAGUGGGAGUGGGGACUAUUGACUCAGUUAUGUAACCACAUGGUACACAGCUAGUACCUGAAGCAGUGUGAUGCAAGGGAAAUGAAUCAACCAUUUCGUAUUGAUAUUUGAUAUGUCAUGUGAAUAUCAACAUUUUACAUCCAGGUUGGGAAAUUACGAUAUUUGUAAUAUUUACGUUUUCAUAAAUCUGUCUUGAACUUUUCAUACGCAUGUAAAGACGUUAAUGGAAAAGAGAGAAAUGAUGGCUGUUAGCUUUUCUGGAAUACAUGAUUUUAUGAUUUCGUAACGAAAUGUGUGUUAUCUCCGUGAUUGUAUUGUUAUAAAUACACUUACAUACAAUACACAUGCAUGCAGACAGACAGGCAUACAUUACAUAUGUACAAACUAUUCCCUGUAGAGAAGUGGACAGACAUAGCUUACAUCCACGUUUCUUCACAAGCCUUUAUGUUUGAUUCUGAAAAAUAUGUAAAGGAUGGAAAGUGACAAUUUAGGUUUCGAUCCAAAUAUCGAAUCAAAUAUGCUUGAAUUUACGCAACAUACACAAUAUAUCAACACAUGAAUAUUAAUCCAUGCAUUUGGCACAGAGAAAUCAAUACCUUCUCACUGUUGAUCCAUUUUCACAUGUUCUCUGUUCCAGGAUAUUUUUUUUUUAUUUUUCAUUAUUUUUCAACAAGCAUUUUGUAAAUAGUUCAUGGUAUAUCUUCAUAAUAUACAUGUAAUAUGGAAUUGCAGAAGUGUUUAGUUAUUUCAAAGAGAGAGAAAGGUAGAAAGAAAGAUGGAGCUAUGGGAAAAAAUUGUUCCAUCUGUUCCGAAGGAUAUCCAAUUUUUCAGAAUCACAAUUUUUAUAAGAAAUACAUUUUUGUGUUUCAUAGAAAAAAAUUAAAAUGAUAUUGCAAAACGCACAUUCAAUUUUUUUUCUCUGGACACCUUGCUGUAUAAAUAUAAUACUUUAGCCAAAGGAUGAUAAUAUUUUGUAUAUUCUUGCUUUUCUCAGGGAUGCCUACUAUAAAAGGCAUUUUUUGGAAAGACUAUUUCACAAUUUGUUUUAUCUAAGUAAAUUUCAAAAUCAUCUAGAAAUAAUUAAACACAAUUACAUUCCCAUAGUAUAUGUUCUAUUGUUUCUUCCUCAUUGUGACAAAAGUUACACCUUUUUUAGUUCACUUUUUUUUAAUUUUAAAUAGAAAUGAGUUUGUUGCUAAAAUGUCAUUAAGUAUUCUAUAUUUGAACCGUUGAAGUUUACUCUUGUUUGUUAUUUUGAAAGGAAUAUCGUGGAUUAUUUUCCACUCAGUAUCAUAUAUUUCUAAGAGCUCAUUCCAUCUUGUUUUGCCUGUUGUCACAAACAAAGGAAUGUUAGUUGAGAAGUUCAUGAAAGCAUUUGGAUUUUUUUCCAUUUCAGUACAUUGUAUAUGUUUGACAGAAUAAAUGGAUUUGCCAACUUUUCAAAACUAAUGUUUUUGGAAGA